AUGUCGUCAGCAAUCAAUGCUACGACCAUCCAGGAGAUCAUGAACGCGUCAACUGCUUCGAAACCCCUCCAACCUAGCGAUAUGCCUUAUCCAAUCUUCACCAAAUCUUCGCAAAAGGAAAUCGACUCCAUCCUUACAACAGCCACCGUUCUUGGCUUCUCAGACAAAAUCCUCAUUACAAUCACCCAAUCAGGCCGGUUAUCUCAAUGGUUCCAGGUACCGCUGGACGCCGCCCACCCUGCCUUCCUGGAAGCAAAGUCCACAGCCGACGAUGAUGGUCUGCUACCACUUACACAUCUUACACCAAAGUGUUUGCUAGGCGCAAGCACUCCUGAAAGGCAGGCACAAGGUCAAUUAUACGCUGUACAAUUGGCGAGUCUGCUGGCAAUGAGAAAUAUCAGGGAGACUCGAACCGUCUUAGUUGGACUAGGGCUCGACCGGGCGGAGCAUACGAGCGAUACCUUCCUGGAAACUCUAGAGCUUGUCGGUAGUUGUCUGCCGUAG